AUGAAGUUUGCAGAGGAAGCUCGUGAGAGCUGCUGGAAGCGUAGUGUUGUAGCUUGUGUUGCUGGUGCAGUCAUGGGCGUUAGUCUUGGCACAUUUCUUGGCACGUUUGAAGGCGCCCAUGGAGAGUUAGUAGGUCGCAACAUGCGCGAGCAGCUUUAUAAUGGCUUUAGCAAGUCUAUUAAAGCUGGCUAUGUGCGCAGUGUAUACUUCUCUAAGGAGUUUGCGUUAGUUGGCAGUAUCUUUGCUGGUACAGAGUGCGUGAUUGAGCGCGAACGAGCAGUCCACGAUAUAUUGAACCCCAUCUUGGCUGGCGGCGUAUCUGGCGGCGCGCUAGGCGCCUGGGCAGCGCGAAAUUCUGGUGUAAAAUUGAUGAUGCAGAACACUGUCAAAGGUGCGGCGGGCUUUGCCGUCAUGGGCGUUGUGUUUGAAAAGGGCAUUGAGUUUAUCACAAACUAG